CAUUCGAAAUUUCGAUAAGACAUUAAUAAUUAAACAGUGCUCUAGAGUUUGUGUUUCGACAGUUUCGGUGCACAUGUUUACAUUCCAGAGCCACAUUCAUGCAAUAUUCGGAAUUUUGUACAGUAAAUAAAUAAAUAAAUUUAAAAAAAAAUAUUAACACGUAUUUGUUUUGACCAUUUUGACUACCAGUGUGCAGUCUUUAAUCGAUUGUGGUCAAGUAUUAAUGAAACUAAAGGGCCAAAUGCACCAAAUUUAAAUACAAACUUUAAUGUUAGUAGUGUCGCUAUCGUAAACUAUUAAUAGUGAAUCAGUAAAAAGAAAUUGACACCUGUCAACAUUCGGGUGGUGUGGUGCUGAUAAUCUCGGAAUUCCCGUAUUUGUAUUAUAGCUUAUAUGCUUAACAAAGCCGUGACAGGUCAUUGGGUGUUUUUUUAUAUAAAUGUAAAAUAAGUGCCUUAGCAGCAAAUGUACACCAAGUUGUGGGCUACUUUAACAGUUUAGGACAGCAGCGGUACUACUACAACAAGCAAUCCUGAGAGCUGUUCCCACAAUUGUCAUUACAAUAACGGGGGAAGGAGUAUCAGCGUUAGUAGCAGCAAUAACCACAACCAACUUUCAUCCCGCUCUCCGUCGUCGGCGGCAACGGGUGGCGUAAAGCCCCCGAUGGCCACUCAACACCAGACCAGCUUUCGCGGCCAGUGGGGUGGUCAUCCCGCUACAGGGUCUUAUUACCAACGUUACCCACCUGCUGCGCAAGCCCAACUUAACAUAUAUUCACCCGCUGUCGCCGCAGCUACCUCAAACGCCAACUACAACACUCCCUCAAAUACCAAUUCUAGUUACGGAAAUCAUCGAGUGCCAACAGCAGCAUCACCAAGUAACACGAGUAGUUCUAGUAGUCACGCAGGCAGUCAGAGUGGCACCGCUUCUACCUCUUUGGGCAACAACAUGCCAUCUCAAACCCAAAACAGUUCAUCCCACUCAAAUUCACACUCCAGUUUACCCUCAUCGGCCAGUGGUAGCGGCGGUGGCGAACAACUAUCUAAGACCAAUCUUUAUAUCCGUGGCCUCACUCCCUCCACCACAGAUAAGGACCUUGUUAAUUUAUGCUCCCAAUUUGGUACAAUUAUUUCGACUAAAGCCAUUUUAGACAAAAAUACCAAUAAAUGUAAAGGAUAUGGCUUUGUUGAUUUCGACUCGCCAGCAGCGGCGGAGGGUGCAGUGAAAGCACUGGUUGCCAAAAACAUUCAGGCUCAGAUGGCCAAAGUGGGUAUUUGGUUUACCCGUAGACAGCACACUGUACGUUUGCAUCAACAAGAGCAAGAUCCCACCAAUCUGUACAUAGCCAACUUACCAACAAAUUUCAAGGAGACCGAUUUGGAGUCAAUGUUAUCGAAAUAUGGACAAGUUAUAUCGACAAGGAUUUUACGUGAUGGCUCAGGCACGUCGAAAGGCGUUGGCUUUGCCAGGAUGGAAUCUAAAGAGAAGUGUGAACAAAUAAUUCAAACCUUUAACGGUCAUGUGAUCCAAGGUUGCAAAGAACCUUUGCUGGUGAAGUUUGCAGAUGGCGGCAACAAGAAAAAGAAUCAGUACAAGAACAAUGAAAACGCGAGGAUCUGGAGGGAUGGGUCUGACGCAAUUCAGCAAGUUGCCUAUGAUCCUAACGCCCUUGCACAGAACGGAGUUACUGCACAGCACAUGAUGCCUGCAGCCGCAAUUUCUAAUUACGGAAGGCAUUACGGUCAGGUGUCGGCCUAUGCCAUGCCAAGUGCACCCUGGGUUCCACAGUAUGUUAUGUCUGCACCUCCUCUUCAGACAGUAGAGGAUGGAUACAAUUUAGCUGCGGCAAGUCAUCUUAGCGCUGCUUAUAAGGGUGACGGUCAACCUCCCAGGGGCAUGUCGGUUAUGUUAUCGUCUCCCGAACCUGCAUAUAAUCACAUGAUUCCUCAGUUAACAACCCAAAUGGGGACUAUGCACAUCGGUACAGGAUCUUACAUUUCACCUCCGUAUCAGUACUAUCCUCAAAUAAUCCAGGCCAUGCCUGUUGCCGAAUCUGAACACACUUCGAACGCGGCUAGUCCUGAAGAACCUUAUCAGACCUACCCCGCUCCUAAGUAGUAGGCCCUUUAUAAAAGAAAAUAUAUGUGCACCACAUAUAUAGGUUUGCUAAUAACGGAAUCUAGAAAACCCAAAAAAAAACGUACAUCAAUUCCAUGAUACUUGCGUAAACGUCCGUAAAAAAAAGAAUUGUUUAAUUGAAAUUAUGUACUGCUAAAUUUAAUUUGAUCUCCUCCUUUUAUAUAUGUAUAUAUAUAAAAUUAUGUCUGCCAAAAAAUCUUUUCGUUUAUUGCAUUAUAACACGCCCGUCUUUUUAUGGAUUAAUUAUAGAAACACGAAUCCAUCGGAAUUUUCUGUUUGAUGUUUAGUAAAAUUUAAUAUCGUUGUUAUACAGUUGUAGUUAAACUUAUUAUAUUAUAUACUUAUUUAUUUUUAGAAGAUGUAAUGGCAUAUCUAAUGUUUCUUUAAUUGUUUCGGCUCACUUUUGGGUUUUCAAUUUUCUGUUCCUACCUUAAAUAGUUAUCUAACUAAUAAGUUAAUUGAGCGAACACUUUCUUUCACUGUAACUUUUUUGUCUGGUGCCUAUUCUUUUUUUUUGUUUUUGUUUAAUUCGCUAUUACAUAUGUUGUUUUAAGUAUGUGUAAAACUCGACUGACAAUUUUUCGCGCUGUAUAAAAGGAACGAGUCUGCGUUUACAUAUAAAUUUACGUUAGUCGAGUGAGACACGUGUCUAGUCGCACGACGCAUACAUAUAUGUAUGUGUGUAUAUGUAUAUAUUCUUUUUCUGAUCGAUUGAUUCAUGUUUGUUCUUUGAUUAAUUUUACAAGUUCGUUAUGUUGUUAUUUUUUUCCACAACGGUGUUAAUUGUAAUAUACGACGAACUGUCUAUAUCCUUUGAUGAGGGUAGCAAAUUUUCGUUUUUUAAACGGUUUUUCCUAGUUUUAGUCUUGUUCAGAAGUAAAUAGCGAAAAAGUGCCAGUACGAAAACGUGUCAGUGAAAACGUCGGACUAUUACGAUCUUCCGUAGCCCGAAUGUGGCGCGUAGUUUAGAGUAAUAAAAGAAUUAGUCGUUUUAUUUUUCGAUGAUAGUCUUACAACAAUAGUUAAGCGUGUAGGUAUUUGAAAAAUUCUUCGUGCUCAGACAGACUGUUGACAGUAAUUGUAACGAAUAAAAAUCAAAAGAACGCAUCGUCAUAUUGUUAAUCGUGACUUCCAUUGAACUUCUUGUUAUUAAAUUACCUUCGUUGUCUCAUGUCGAUAACACGUCGUAGCAUUAUUACUUAUUACGAUUAGUUAACUUUGUUAAUAUUUGUUUUACCUUGUGAUAAACAGUGCUGUCACAUAUGUAUUUUAUUUUCUGUAAUGAUGGUUUGCAAAUCGUGGCGGUCUCCUAUACAAAUCUGAUUUUUUAUUUUAUAGUUUAUUUAUUAUAUAAAAAAGAGAAUAGAAAAAGAAUUAAAAACGUGUUACAGUCGCCGUCACGCUUCGCCAUUUUGGUCUACCUUUUAUUACUUUUCUUCCUUAAUUAGCCACUAUUAGCUACUCGCAUUCUUGCUUGUUUGUUUUUACCGUCAUUGUGAUUGCAGCAUUUUAUUGUAAUUAUUUAUUUAUUAUCCUGUCAAACGAAUAAUAUUGACUAAAUAAAUCGCGUUGUAAGUGUUACGGACAUUCCAUGAGUUAAUAGUAAAAUUGAAAGCCGUUAAUGAGGUUUUUAAGUACCAAGAUUUUUGAUAAUAGAAAUAAGCCGUAAAAAAAUCGCGUGCGUUGACGAAGACACCGCAUUAUUUAUUUUGUAUUUAUAUUUAUGUAAUUUUGUGCAAUUUAUUAGAUUCUUAUUGUUUUUUUAAAGUUUAUUUCUCCGUUUUUUUUUCUGAGGUGCCUUCGUGAGAAAGUAUUCACUAAAUGUUGCGCCGUUUCUAGAUCGUCAAAUUAUUUAAGAUAUAAAAAGAUUAUUCGAAAAGUUCCUUCGCAAUUGACUAACUUUACAGAUAUGAAAUACCGACUGAAUUUGCUGUUUUAAGAAUGGUUGGUCUAUCUUUCGUUAAUUCAUUGAAUUUCGUUUUUAAUUUUGUUGAUAAUUUAAUUAUCGACAAAUUAUCCUUUGAGAUCGUAUGUUAUUUGUGUGCCCUGGUCAGAAAUUCUCGUUUCUAAAAUGUUUUUCCGGUUUCCAAAAAAAAUAAGGAGUAUUUCGAAUGUGGAUGCGUGUCAUGUAAAUUUUGUUAUUUUACGGUAACAUAUACAGAAAAAAGGAAACAGGAAAACGAUACUGUAGAUAGAAACAUUUUAAUAUUGUUUAUUAAAAUGUUAUGUUAAUAGUUACUGAAAGCAAAUAUAAGUUCUCCAAGUUUAUCUGUGUAGCUUACGAUAAUAGCUUAUGCUAGUUAUUUGAGUUAUUGUAAUUAAAAAAAAAAAAAAAAGGGUUACUAUAACAU